CAGAGGAGUUAGUUGAGUUGGGCGCCAGAGCUCCGCGUGGUCAGUUGGAUAGUUGGUUUGACGGUAACAAGAAAGAAGAAGGAUCCGUAAGCCAGGAUAUUAAGAACAAUGGCACUCUUCCGUUUCAGUCCAAAACGCUGUUUAGAAGUUCAGAAAAUAACUUCCACCGUCUUCGUGAGACCGUUAUCCGAUAGUUCCACCGAUCUGAAGAAGGUUCUGACCGAGAAAAUUCCCAAGGAACAAGAACGUGUCAAGAAUUUCCGCAAACAGCAUGGAGGCACCAAAGUUGGAGAAGUUACCGUAGACAUGAUGUACGGCGGUAUGCGUGGAAUCAAAGGUCUCGUAUGGGAACCGUCGGUAUUGGACCCCGAAGAAGGUAUCAGAUUCCGAGGAAAAUCGAUUCCCGAGUGCCAAAAGCUUCUGCCAAAAGCUCCCGGAGGUGCGGAGCCGAUUCCAGAGGGUCUCUUCUGGUUGUUGAUCACCGGUGACGUGCCCACGGAUGCCCAAGCGAAAGCCCUUUCUCAGGAAUGGGCGUCGAGAAGUGCUCUGCCCGAACACGUGGUCAAAGCAUUGAACAAUUUGCCCAAAUCAGUUCAUCCAAUGACUCAAUUCUCUGCUGCCAUCACCCUUCUGAACAGCGAGAGCGAGUUCGUCAAGGCGUACACCAAGGGUGUACACAAAUCCAAGUACUGGGAGACCGUCUACGAGGAUUCGAUGAACUUGAUCGCUAAAUUGCCAGUAGUCGCCGCCACGAUAUACAGAAACAUUUACAAGGGUGGCAAAGGUUUGGGAUCCGUCGAUGCUGGCAAAGAUUGGUCCUGGAACUUCGCGAAUAUGCUUGGCUACGAUAACCCCCAAUUCAUCGAACUGUUGCGCUUAUAUCUGACUAUCCACUCCGACCACGAAGGUGGAAACGUUUCUGCUCACACGACUCACUUGGUAGGCUCGGCGUUGUCCGACCCGUACCUGUCGUUCGCGGCUGGCAUGAACGGUCUGGCUGGACCUCUUCACGGUCUCGCGAAUCAAGAAGUAUUGGUGUGGCUGGAGAAACUACGCGCCCAAGUUGGAGAUAGCCCCAGCGACGAGAAACUCAAAGACUUCAUUUGGAAUACUCUGAAGAGCGGCCAAGUUGUUCCCGGAUACGGACACGCUGUGCUUAGGAAGACUGACCCUAGAUAUACCUGCCAGAGAGAGUUCGCGUUGAAACAUUUGCCGGACGAUAAACUGUUCAAGCUCGUUGCUCAAGUAUACAAAGUUGUUCCUCCCGUCCUCUUGGAAACUGGCAAGGUCAAGAACCCGUGGCCGAAUGUAGAUGCUCAUUCGGGAGUUCUGUUGCAAUACUAUGGAAUGAAAGAAAUGAAUUACUACACCGUCCUGUUCGGAGUAUCGCGUGCUCUUGGUGUGCUCGCUUCCCUCGUCUGGGACCGUGCUCUUGGACUUCCGAUCGAAAGGCCCAAAUCUUUAAGCACCGAUCUCCUCAUGAAAGCCUGCAAAGCUUAAAGGACAACAUCUCUUUAUUUAUGGAAAACGAAACAGAAUCAUUGAAACCUCUAAGUUCGUGUCACACCAUCGUCAUAACCUUCAGCAACAAGGAACUGACUGCUUUAUAUCAUGUUACGAAUGUUAUCGAUGCACGAAAAGUGUAAAUCUCGAACACAUUUCGAAUUCAUUUUAAUAUGACUUCAAGGAAGUCGUUUUAAUUGUCGCGUCUUAUUAAUAAGACGCGAGGCUAGGUAUUAGAGACAAUAAAAAAUUAUCUCACCUAAUAUAUUGUUCAAACGUAGACAUUCUAAAAUAAAAUUUGGUGGUGUGUUAUAUCGUAAAAUAGUUGACCUAUAUUUUUUUCAUCCGUUAACGGUGUAUAUACUGUACACGUAAAUGAGGUUAACAUUUUGCGAUAUGUAAAACCACAUAUAAGAAAUAUAGAUUGGUCCAGUAUACAUAGUUUCAACUGCCAAGCCCUUAAAUAAGAAUAUAAUACCAUGCGUUAACAGUAGACACGGUUCAUUGUAAAUAUAUUUGUCGCUCUACGUUUAACUUAAAUAGUGACAAUUUUAGAAGUAAAAGAAAAAGAUGCAAAUCAUUGUAAUAAAAACUAGUUAACUCACGAAAAUGAUCGGUAUAAAAGUUAGCUGUGUGCGUAGUCAACGUUAUGCAGACACUGUUUUGUAAUCUGACAGACACUGCCGAAAGAUAUCCGAAUUUUUCGAAUGCAAAUGAAUCGCAAUAAACAUUCGACUACUAUAGUAAAAAGGCAUUGCGUGAAUAUUACAUCAUGUUUCUCCAACAAAAUAUUUGCAAAACGCAACUGGCCUUAGUAAAUUAUGUAAAAUAGAAAAUAUAAUGCAUAGGGCUAAUGAAAUAUGUAAACAAUAUUGCAGUGUUAGCGCACUAAUUUUUGGUUCUAAAUUCUACGAAUAUGUUGAAAAAAAAUAUGGCUCAAUCACAUCGAUCGUUACACUUUACGUAAAUUAAAAAAUAUGACCAGUGGUAGAUCCACUGCUACAAGAAUGAGUGAGUGUGUGCGAUACUUUAUUUAUAACGAACGUAAAAAUAAAAUAGAUCUUUGAAAAUUGAA